UCGCGCGGGCGGUGGGCAGCAUGGCGUCCGGGGCGGCGGCGGCGGCCGAGGUGGCGGCGGGGGUCGGGGCAGGGCCCGGGCCCGGGCCCGAGGCUGGGGUCAGUCCCGGGGCGCUGCUGGAGGUCGCGUCAGGAGCGCAGUUCGAGGAGCUGCUGCGUCUCCGGGCCAGGUCCCUGGUCGUCGUCCAUUUCUGGGCACCAUGGGCUCCCCAGUGCACGCAGAUGAACAAUGUCAUGCAGGAAUUAGCCAAGGAGCACCCACAGGUUGCAUUCGUGAAGUUGGAAGCGGAAGCUGUACCUGAAGUGUCUGAGAAGUAUGAAAUCAGUUCUGUCCCGACCUUUCUGUUCUUUAAGAAUGCACAGAAAGUGGAUCGCUUAGAUGGCGCCCACGCCCCUGAGCUGACCAGGAAGGUGGAGCGCCACGUGUCCAGCAGCGCUCUUCCCCGGGCCUCUAGCGAGCGUACGAAGGAAGACCUCAACCUUCGGCUGAAGAAACUGACAAACGCUGCUCCGUGCAUGCUGUUCAUGAAAGGAUCUCCACAGGAGCCUCGCUGUGGCUUCAGCAAGCAGAUGGUGGAAAUUCUUAAUAAGCAUAAUAUUCAGUUUAGCAGUUUUGAUAUCUUUUCGGAUGAAGACGUGCGCCAGGGACUCAAAACGUACUCCAAUUGGCCAACUUAUCCUCAGUUGUAUGUAUCCGGAGAGCUGAUAGGAGGACUCGACAUUGUUAAGGAACUGGAAGCAUCUAACGAACUUGAUACAAUUUGCCCCAAAGCACCCAAACUAGAGGAAAGGCUCAAAGUACUGACAAAUAAAGCUUCUGUGAUGCUGUUUAUGAAAGGAAACAAACAGAUGGCCAGAUGUGGAUUCAGCAAACAAAUCCUUGAAAUACUUAACAGUACUGGUGUUGAUUUUGAGACGUUCGAUAUCUUGGAGGACGAAGAAGUGCGGCAAGGACUCAAAGCUUAUUCCAACUGGCCAACAUACCCUCAGUUGUACGUGAAAGGUGAGCUUGUUGGAGGAUUGGAUAUAGUUAAGGAACUGAAGGAAAAUGGCGAAUUGUUGCCUAUUCUGAGAGGAGAAACUUAAGGUGCUGCCCGGCUGUGACGUGCUGCCCAAAGCAUUUCCUGAGCGUGGAACAAUUCAUGAGUCAGUCCUGGGGAGUGGAGGAGCCGCUGAGGGCUUCUUCACCUGUUAGUCACCUGCCCAAGGUCACGUCCACGUCCACAUUGCCCCCCUCUUCCCCUUCCCCCACAACAGGAUGCUCUCAACAUCUCAAAAUUCAAUUAAAAAUGAAUGCAUUAAAAA